AUGACGAGUGAUUCAAAUCAAAUUAUUCAAUUAAAUGUUGGUGGAAUAUCAUUUUCGACAAUGAAAGAAACGCUUCUACGUGAACCAAAUUCCUUCUUCGAGACGUUAUUUGUACCCGAAAAGCUCGAAAAAGUUUCGAAAUUCGCAAUACUCCUCGCAAACGGAUCAUAUUUCAUCGAUCGCGACGGUUAUUUGUUCACUUUUAUACUCGAUUAUUUACGAAAUGGACGCUUAAUUGUUCCACAAAAUUUCGAUAAUCUAAUUCGUUUACGUGAUGAAGCUGAAUUCUAUCAAUUGUAUAAUUUGAAGAAAUAUCUCGACAAUUAUGCCGUUAAGAAAAAAUCGAAUGAUUUUAGUGGAAUUCUUGAAAAUGGUGGAUAUAUAACGCUUGGUUAUAGAGGCACAUUCGCCUUUGGGAGAGAUGGCCAAUCGGAUGUGAAAUUUCGAAAAUUGCAACGUAUUUUAGUUUGUGGCAAAGUAACAUUAUGUCGUGAUGUCUUCGGUGACACACUUAAUGAUAGCCGAGACCCCGAUCGCGAUGAAUAUGAACGAUACACAUCUCGUUUAUAUCUUAAACAUCAAAGUCUCGAGAAGGCAUGUGAUAUGUUAGCCGAAAAGGGUUUUAAACUUGUAGCAACAUGUUGCAGUGGAGCUAAUGGUUUGACACCAAUUGGCCUUACCAUGUGUUCGAAUCAAAACACUAUCAAUCAACAAGAACUUAUGCACCAACGUAACAGCAGUGAAUAUGAAGAACAACGUUGGGCACACUAUACAGAAUAUAUCUUCUAUCGUGAACCAAUGUAUGCUGGUGGUAUAUUAUCAAUCCAGUAA